AUGAAAUACUUUGUUCUCUACAGCACCCUCGCCCUCGGCGGUCUGUCGGUCGCAGCUGCUCCUUUGGACCAAGCAGCCCCAGUACUCGCCCCAGUCCUCCAUGACGUCCCCAGUGCCGGUGACGAUGCGUCUAAAGAGUCUCUGAAGAAGCGCCAACUUGACAUCGGGGGUCUGGUAGAAGGGCUGAUUACACCGAUUCUCCCAGAAGAAGCGUUGGAGAAGCGUCAAUCAGACCAUGAUCAAGACACACCUUCGACGGUAUCAGACAACUCCGAAGGGCAGCUAGAGAAACGUCAAGCCGACCCAAGUCUGCUGUCGAUGUUCGGCACCCCUGAGAAAACCCUCGAAUACUUUGCGUCUUUCAACCAGCCAAGACAGCCAAACCUCCUCGACAUCCUCAUUGGCGACCUCAGCGGAGUGGUUCCGGCCGUCACCGGGCUCCUUGAUAGUGUGCUUGACCUCCUCCUUCCACCAGUUCCAUCCCCAGCGCUUCCCAGGGCUGCCGAACCCACCACUAUCAGACAAUACUCUCCCGAGGCAGUUUUGAGCGCUCUGUCGAACAUCGGCUAUCCUCUCGGAACAGGUCCCGGGUUGGCUACGACCACACUCUGCAUCGCAACGAUACAGUUCCCAUCGCCGGGGGUUGACGGCUCUCGAGGGUGCCAUCUCGUCGGUGCUCAACGAGGUCAUUCCCAGCGAGUUGCUUCCAGGCGUGACCAUUGCUGCCUCGGCCAACCUUCCGCUUGGCCUGAGCCCAGCGAUCAGUCUGACGGUUCCUGGGCUCAGUAUCCCGGCGAUUACGUUACCUCUGCCGACGGUGACGGUGACCCUCCCGUCAGCUCCCUCGAUUCAGCUGCCGUCUGUGUCGUUGCCGUCUGUGUCGGUACCAUCCGUCCAGGUGCCGUCUCUCUCAGUCCCGACCCUUCCGCCGGUUCCCACACUGCCAUCGAUCUCGUUGCCCAGCGCGUCUCUCCCAAGCAUUUCGGUCCCAAGCAUAUCUCUUCCGAGCGUAUCUCUCCCGAGCGUAUCUCUCCCGAGUGUGACGCUUCCGAGUUUGGAGUUGCCAGCGGUGUCUUUGCCGAGCGUCUCACUCCCAAGCCUCACCUUACCGACCAUCUCAUUACCGAGCCUCUCUCUCACCUUGCCGACUGUGUCUUUACCCAGUCUAUCACUCCCAAGCGUGUCGUUGCCAACUUUGCCCGAGACUCUACUGCCUGGAGUUACGAUUCCGGGCACUCAGCUCCCUGGGGUCAUCGUCUCGCCAGCACCCGGCCUGACCCUCUCCCACUCAUUGACCUCACUGUUGAUCCUUCGGGCUUCACAGCUUCAGGAAUUGCCAUACCUGCCGUGACCAUCCCUCCCCUUGUCAUCCCCUCUCCGGUCCAGGCGGUCCUCCCCAACAUUUUGAGCCAGCUCUCCCAAGCUGUUGCAACCGAAACGCCGUUGGUUCCUGGCCUUAUCGCUGUCAUUAAUGGGUUGGUUCCCAUUCAGACGCCAGCCAUCACCCAACCCAUCGGCAACAACAUUCCCAUCCCGACUGGUGCUCCUAUCUUGCCUAGCCUGCUCAGCGAAAUUGGUGCUGCAGUCGGUUCCCUUCCCUCGGCCAUCCCAAGUCUCCUCAGCUCACUCGAGCCUCUGCUUUUGCCGGUGCCGACAUUCUUCAUUCUGCCUUUCCCACCUUUCCCAAAUCCAUCCGCCCAGCUGCCAACCUUUUCUAUCUUACCAUUCCUCCCAAUUGCAACCCUCUUCCCCAACCCUCUCACCGCCCUCCCGACCAUAACAUUCCCACCCCUUCCUACCGCCAUCCCGACGCUGACCACUACUCGGUCGCCUCCAUUCAUCUACUUGGGUCCUCCCAUUUCUGUUCCCAACAUCCUCACGUCCCGCCUUCCUCUCCCGACCAGCCCAGCCACCCCGCAGGGCGGCUACCGAUUCAACGCCAUGUCCAACUCCAACGUGUCAGUCUACUACGGGCAAUCACAAGCCUCUGAGCGCAUCUCCCUCGCUGAUGUCUGUGCCGAUCCCAACGUUGAUCUGGUCAUCCUCGGCUUCGUCACAGACAUCAGCUACCAAAACAGCGGGCUGCCCAAACUGACGCUCGCGCCUGUGAUCAAGGGCUUGGAGGAGGACAUCAAGACUUGCCAGGCGACGCACGGGAAGAAGGUUCUGGGGUCGCUGGGUGGGGGCGGUAGCUCGUUGGUGCUGAGGUCGGAGAGCGAGGCGCAGCAGUUUGCGAACAAGUUGUGGCAGCUGUUUGGGCCGGUGACGCCGGCGACGACGAGGGGGUAUGAGUUUGUGAAUGGGUUGAGGCCGUUUGGGACGGCGGUGGUGGAUGGGUUUGAUCUUGCAAAACUCGACUCCUCCCCCAACUACUGGGGCACCUUCGCAGCGACGAUGCGCUUCAACUUCUUGCAGGACACUUCAAAGAUGCCUUAUUUGUCUGCUGCUCCCUGGUGUGCUUCGCCCGACAGGUCGAUCCCGAUUGGGUACCUCGCCCAAGCCAACUUUAUCUGGCAGAGAUUCUUUGGAGGAGAUGACACCGGACGGUACGAGAUUGGGGGUGAGAAGUUCUUGACGUCGAUUCUUUCAUGGUGA